AUGGGACUCGACAAGGAGGCGAGCUCCUCGUCCACGCGGCUCGACGCGGCGCCGCUGCUCCCGCAGCACGGGCUGCACGGCGGCGGCCCCGGCGCGGGCGGACACCUGUCGUCGCAGCCCAAGACGUUCGCCAACGUCUUCAUCGCCGUCGUCGGCACGGGCGUGCUGGGCCUCCCCUACACCUUCUCCCGCACGGGCUGGGCGGCGGGGACGCUGCUCCUCCUCGCAGUCGCCGCGCUCACCAUCCACUGCAUGAUGCUCCUCGUCGCCGCGCGCCGCCGGAUCGCCGACGAACACACCAUCUGCGGCGCCCCCGGCCGCCACGCGGUCGACGUCAUGCUCGUUCUCAGCCAGCUAGGACUCAACUCCAUCAAGACGCUCACGCUCCUUGCGCCGCUCAGCAUCUUUGCCGACGUCGUUGACCUCGGCGCCAUGGGCGUCGUCCUGGGUCAGGACGCCUCCAUCUGGCUCGUCUACGGCCUCGGCGUAGCCGUCUACGCCUUCGAGGCGAUCGGCAUGGUCCUGCCUCUGGAGGCGGAGGCCGCGGACAAGGGCAGGUUCGGCGCCACGCUCGCGCUGUCCAUGGCGUUCAUCGCCGUCAUGUACGGGCUGUUCGGCGCCAUGGGCUACCUCGCCUUCGGCGCCGCCACGCGGGACAUCAUCACCACCAACCUCGGUACCGGCUGGCUCUCGGUCCUCGUGCAGCUCGGCCUAUGCAUCAACCUCUUCUUCACCAUGCCAGUGUCGAUGAACCCGGUCUACGAGGUCGCGCAGCGCCUUCUCUGUGGCAGGCGCUACGCCUGGUGGCUGCGCUGGAUCCUUGUCGUGGUCGUCGGGCUUUCUGGCGAUGCUCGUGCAUAA